AUGUCACUGGGUAGUAAGCUGCCCUUCCGCCUGGUGCCACGGACGCAGUGGUCGCUCGCGCCGUUCGGCUUCGGCGGCUACCGCGUGUCGGCUCGCACCUCGUCACACCGCAGCGCUCUGAAGAAGGCCAUUCGAUUGGGUUGCAACGUGGUGGACACGAGCUCGAUCUACAGCGAUGGCGACUCCGAGCUGCUCUUUGGCCAGGUGGUGCGAGAGUUGGUCGACAAGGAGGACAUCAAGCGCGAGGAAGUGGUGAUCAUUACCAAAGCCGGGUAUCUGUCCGAAAAGGCCGAACACAACCGAUCCAGCGCGCCCUCGUACAGCGACAAGGACGUCGACCACGUAUCCCCCGGUCUCGACUAUUCGCUGUCGCCGCGAGUCCUGGAGGAUCAGAUCAGCGCGUCGCUGGAGCGGCUGGGCAUGGAGCGCGUGGAUCUCCUCAUGCUGCACAACCCCGAGCAGCUGCUCGAAGUCCACCCGCACUUGGGUCCGGCCUUCUACGAGUUGGUCUCGAAGGCGUUCGCCCACCUGGAGAAGGAAGUACAACGAGGCCGUAUCCAAUACUACGGCGUCUCUUCGAACACGCUGGCGGUGCCUUCCAGCUCUCCCGACCACGUGUGCGUGGACAAGCUCGUCCAGGCGGCCAACUCUGUGAGCGAGAAGAACGCGUUGGCGGCGGUUCAGUAUCCGUUCAACCUGAUCGAGUCCGAGGUGCUGACCGAGGGCGUGUCUGCCAAGGCCAAGGCGCACGGCCUCAUUCGAUUCAGCAAUCGACCGCUAAACGCCGUCUACGAGGGCAAACUCCAGCGCAUCGCCACCUUCCCUUCCCACGACGGCACGCCCCCGACCUCGGGUACAGACAAGGACUUGGUUCAGCUGCUCAAGGAGGCGUUCGACUACGCGAUCCACCUGGAGAAAAACUACCCGGGCGCCGACAAAGCAUCGCUGCCGCCUGCCUCGGACUAUGCCUGGGCACAGAUUCUGGCGCACAACCAGGCCACGCUCGGCACGAUCGAUCGAUGGGUAAACGCGCUGGAAUCAACCAUCUUGCCGAGCUACGAGCCGGCCAUAGCCAGGCUCGAGGACCACGCACAACUCAGGUCCUGGGGCGACAAGUACCGAGUGGCCAUUGCGCGCCUCUUCGAGCGCUUCACGUGGGUGAACGAAGCCAACGCCUCCAAGAACUCGGAGCAGCUCACGCUGGCCGCGGAUGCCACCUGGCCUGAGCUCAACGAACGGGGCAUGGCUACGCUCUCGCAGAAGGCGUUACUGGCGGCUCGCUCGUCGGAUGUGGCGGACUGUGUGCUCGUGGGGAUGCGACGAGCGACCUACGUGCGCGAGGUGCUCCUCAACGUCGGCCCGUCGGCCGCGGUGGACACCGCCAGCGAUCCCGCACGCUACGCACAGUUUGCCGCCGAACUGCAGAAGGCCAAGGCCGGACCGUAG